CGCUUUGCGACCUGUUGCACAAGUUGUGUGGGCCUCUAUAAAGAGCUAGACGCCCAGCGGUCUCACGCUCGACGGCUUUCGACAUUUGUUUGCAAACGUAGCGUCUGCCUUGCGAUGGACAGCCAAAAAGUAGCACUGGUCGCCGCUGGCGCUGCAGCCGGCGCGGCGGCGACGUAUUACUAUGCCACCUGUGGCACCACUGAUGCCAAAGCUGCGAAGCCGCCGCCGCCACCCGCUUCCGAUGCGACCGAUAAUGUCAUCUGUGACGAAGACGUCCAGAGAAUUGUGUGCUACGGCGAUUCCAAUACGUGGGGCCUCGACGCGUUCAAGGGCGAUGCGAUGCGCCGUUUUAAGCACCCUUGGCCGCGCGUCCUAGCGAGGAAGUUGGGCCCGGGCUACGACGUCGUCUCCGAAGGAUUGAAUGGCAGGACGACGAUCGUCGACGACCCGUUCAUGGCCGAGUAUGAAGUAAACGGUCGGCGCACGCUGCCGCCGAUCCUCCACAGCCACAAACCGAUCGACGUGCUGGUGAUCAUGCUGGGGACGAACGACCUGAAGAAGCAUCUGAACCUGAGCCCGCAGCUCAUCGCUCGCGGUGCGGCGACGCUGGCGAGCGACGCGCUGCGCAUGGACGUCUGGCGAAGCACGCCUCGGGUCCUCCUCGUCUGCCCGCUCAAUAUCCGACAGCCACCGCCGUCGUGCCGCUUCGCGUACAGUUUUGACGGCGGCGCGGCGAAGGCCCCGGCCUGUGCGAAACACUACCGGGCCGAAGCUGACGCGCUCGGCGUCGCGUUCCUCGACGCCAACGAGGCGACGCAGAUCCCGGACCCGCGGCACGGUGGUGAUGGUAUUCACCUAUCGGCCCAGAAUUGCGCGGACUUAGGUGGUGCCGUCGCGGCGAAGGUCCAGGAGAUGCUUACGGGGAGCUUCGACGAGACGGCGCACGACACGAGGCCUAUCGCCGAGUACUCGUCCCUGCCCGUCGCCGACGGGAAGUCGCCGCGGAUUUCGCAGAAGUAAAUGUGCAC